AAAAGCAGAGACGCGCAUUGUGCUCGCCACCGCCGCUCACCAAUUUACAGAUUUUUUCUGCUUGGAUGCAGCUCUAUCGCUCGCCUGACAGAUUAUUCCAUACUUUUCCCUAUCUUUAUAUCCUAUAUUUAGAUUCCUUAUUCAUUCGACGAGGCUGAAUUAUGAUUUGGGUAACUUUGUUUUGCAUCUGCGUCUUACCGUCGUUGCAAGCCGACAGUAGUAAACGUUAUGUGGUCGGCGGCUGUCCGAGUCUCUGCGAUAAGUCCAUGUGCCCGACGAUGCCGAAAGACUGUAAGACGGGACAGGUGAUGGAUCACUGUAACUGCUGCAUGGUGUGCGCUUCUGGGGAGGGUGAAGCGUGCGGCGGAGUGGGUAAGCUGGGGGACCCGGUGUGUGGAGAGGGUUUGAAGUGCUCCGUUACCGGAGGAGUGGGGUUCUCCGCCACCGUCAGGAGGAGAGGGAAAAACGGAGUCUGCGUGUGCAAGAGCAGCGACCCGGUGUGUGGCAGUGAUGGGGUCUCGUAUGAUAACAUCUGCGAGCUGAAGCGGGUCAGUAACCGGGCGCAGAGUGUGCAGCAGCCGCCGGUGCUUUUCAUACAGCGGGGAGCGUGUGGGACCGCUGUCCAUGAUAACCCCAACAGCCCAAGAUACAAGUACAACUUCAUCGCUGAUGUAGUGGAGAAGAUCGCCCCCGCCGUGGUUCAUAUUGAACUGUAUCGCAAGAUGGUUUAUUCUAAGCGUGAGAUGGCAGUGGCAAGCGGGUCAGGAUUUGUGGUGUCUGACGAUGGCCUCAUCGUGACCAAUGCCCACGUGGUAGCCAAUAAAAACAGGGUGAAAGUGGAACUUAAAAAUGGAGUCUCAUAUGAUGCAAAAAUUAAAGAUGUUGAUGAAAAGGCAGACAUCGCCCUCAUAAAGAUCGAUCCACCGAGUAAGCUUCCUGUACUUUUACUCGGACGAUCGGCCGACCUCAGACCAGGAGAAUUUGUGGUUGCCAUCGGCAGCCCGUUUUCCCUUCAGAAUACAGUUACCACCGGGAUAGUGAGCACCACACAGAGAGGAGGGAGAGAGUUGGGAUUGAGGAACUCUGAUAUGGAUUAUAUACAAACCGAUGCCAUCAUUAAUUUUGGUAAUUCAGGAGGACCGCUAGUCAAUCUGGAUGGUGAAGUGAUUGGAAUCAACACAUUAAAAGUCACAGCAGGAAUUUCUUUCGCCAUUCCAUCAGACAAGAUACGGCAGUUUCUUGCCGAGUCGCAUGACAGACAGGCCAGAGGCCGUGGAGCAAUAAAGAAAAGAUACAUCGGUGUUCGUAUGAUGACCCUCACUCCUGCACUGACCAAAGAGCUGAAAGGUCGACUGCGGGAUUUUCCUGACAUCACGUCAGGAGCCUAUGUCAUCGAGGUCAUCUCCAGAACCCCAGCUGCAGCUGCUGGACUUAAAGAACACGAUGUCAUUAUUUCCAUCAAUGGUGAGCAAAUCUCCUCAGCAACGGAUGUAAGCGCAGCCAUCAAAAAAGACACCACUUUACGUGUGGUUGUUCGACGAGGAAACGAGGACGUCAUUCUUACUAUCAUCCCUAUGGAGAUUGACCCUUGACCCUAACUAAGCCUAGUGCUCCUCGGCCACACCCAUGAACUUACUUGGGCGUGUCUUCAGCCCCACCCCUUUUCUUGGACAUCUGUCCAUGUUCUUGAAAUGACUGGCAGGGUGAAAUCUCAGCCUGAAGAUUUUAUACUGUACAAAGCACAUUGAUAUAGGUCCAUGUUCACAUGUAUUAAUGUCAUUUUUAUCAUAAUUAUUUAGAGAUUAUUACUACUGUUUACUGUUUAACAAACACUAUUAGAUAUUAUUAGAUUUUUAAAGAUUUAUUUUCAAGUUCUCAACAAUGUAUUGGAAUGCACAGCAGUUUAGUUUUUUAUAACUUGAUUCGAAUAAAAAAUAAGCUGUUUUUUUUUCAUUUUUGCUAUUGAAAUGAUUAAAAACCUUUUGAUAUUUUGCUUUUCAAGAGCAUAACUGUUUUUUAAUAAAAGUUUUACAUUACACUGG